AUGGCUCCCGCAGAUGGAUCCGAUCUCAAGGGUGCGCCGAUACAUACGUUGAAGCCUGCCAGUGCCAGCGCAAUGCAGAAGUGGGCGGAGGAUCGCAUCGAUGUGCAGACGGUGUCCGGCGAAGUGAACGGCACCCACCGCGAGCCCAUGUUGAUCAACUUCAGCGACCUCUGCCCAAACCUCAAUAUCCCGCCCUACAUCCUGGAUGAGGUUGUGACAUUCUGGUACGAGCUACGAGUCGCCAUGACUCAUGGGAAGCGAAUGAUCAUCAAGAAAGCUAUCUCGUCCCCCGAAGAUGCGCCGCUCUAUAAAGAUUACACGGGAACCAUGUCUGGGCUUGUGUCACUCAUCCACCUUCAUGAUGCAUCAUAUGCACUCGACGACGAUUUCCUCAAGCGGCUCACCACGGCUGCACUUCGUGAGCGGCUCAUAUCGAUGGAGUACGACAUGACCGAGUGGAUUGAAGCCAUGGAUAACGCAUACCAUCGAAAGCCCAACUGUGAGAAGAACAUACUCCUCCGCAAGAUUAUCUUCUCCUCCGCAAUCUUCAUUCACGACAGAGUCAUUCCUAAUGCAAUUGAGGGAGCCUCAUUCUUGCAUCAACAAUUCUGGCACCCGGACUUCGCGCACGAUUUCUUGCAGGGUAUCGUCUGGUACUACACGCAUUACCUACCUUCGAUGCGCAUGAGGGACCGAGUUAGGAUGGACUCAGAGUUUCUCAAAGGGCUGAAGGAGAUGUGA